AUGUUUCACACCCCCCAUUUCAACUGGUACGGUCGCGGCUUUAAACUCCGCGCCGCCAUAACAAUCGCCUGCCAACUCGCCUUCGUUCUUUUCGGCUACGACCAAGGCGUCUUCAGCGGCAUCGUCGGCAACGAAGACUUCCUGAACACUUUUGAUCACCCCUCACCCGGUCUUGAAGGUAUCAUCGUGUCGAUAUAUAAUCUUGGUUGUUUUACCGGAUGUAUUCUCAGCUUUAUGUUUUGCGAGAAGACGGGACGGAGGCUGGCUAUGUGGAUUGCUAUGGUUUGGAUUAUCGUCGGCGGCGCGCUCCAAGCGAGUGCGUACUCGGUGCCGCAUAUGAUGGUUGCGCGGUUCUUAACAGGAAUUGGGACGGGCAUCGAGACAUCAACUGUGCCUAUGUACCAAUCUGAACUCUGCGAGGCGAAUAAGCGCGGUCGUCUCGUCGCGUCGGAACCGCUUUUCGUCGGCGUGGGGAUCGAGCUGGCGUACUGGUUCGACUAUGGGAUGUCUUUUACGGAAGGAUCGAUUGCGUGGCGUCUACCAAUUGCAUGCCAGGUUAUCUUCGCGAUCAUCGUCAUCGUGCUGGUUUUUGGCCUCCCUGAGUCGCCCCGGUACUUGUAUGCGCAUGGUCGCCACGAAGAAGCGCUCCAAAUCCUUUGCGAUGUCUACGAUGGUACGCCCGAUGAUCCGAAGAUUGAGAAAGAGAACAGAGAAGUGCUUGAGGCUUUGCAAGUCGAAAGAGAGCAUGGGGAGUACAAAUGGUCGCAACUUCUCAAAAAAGAUCGUGUGCAGACUGGACGUCGUGUAUUGCUUGCCUACGGCGCGCAGUUCAUGAACCAGAUGGGCGGUAUCAAUUUGGGCUUUACUCUACUCUAUCAUCUCAUUCUACAUCAAUUCAUUGAGUUCAACAACUACAUCACCUCCGUCCUAGAAGACAACGUCGGCCUUGACAGAAACCUCGCCCUCCUUAUGGGAGGCGUGAUCAACCUAAUGUUCCCGAUCGGCUCCCUCUUCCCAACCUUCACACUGGACCGCACCGGCCGGCGGAAACCCAUGAUGUGGGGCUCUCUCGGGCUCGGCUUAUCCAUGAUGAUGAUAGCCAUCCUCUUGAGCUUCCGGUCAGAGGGAGGCGACGUGUCGCAAGCCACUGCGUCCGCCAGUGUCGCUUUCUUUUUCACUUACAUGCUGGCGUUUGGUAUGACAAUGAACUGCAUUCCUUGGGUCUAUGUACCCGAGAUCCUACCGCUACAUGUACGAGCGAAAGGUACAGCUGUCGGGAUCUCAGCAAACUGGAUUUGGAACUUCUUCGUCGUCAUGGUCACGCCUACGCUUCUCGAUAGCUUGGCGUGGAAGGGCUACCUUAUCUUCAUGGCGCUGAACUUUGCGUUCAUACCGCUAAUCUAUUUCUGCUAUCCUGAAACUGCCAAUCUUACGCUGGAAGAGGUCGACUGGCUAUUCUACAAAGGCGAUGUCGUGAAGCGAAGCCGACGUAUUGCGAAGGAAGGAUGGGAACAAGCGGUUGGCACCGAUCCUGCGACUAUGGUGGAGACGGGUAGUGUGUCCAGCGGUAAUAAGGCCGGACACACGACGGAGAAGGCAGAGCACAAGGUGCACUAG